CCGUCUCACUUACUUUCCCCGCCCUCCUUCUUUGACGAUUCAGUUCGCCAACAUGAUGCGCUUCUUGCGUGCCCUAGUGUCAGCAGCACUUGUCCCGCUGGCAAGAAGCGCUGUUGUUCCCCGGCAGAUACCAAUCAACUAUGAUGCUGUGAUUGUGGGCGGUGGUCCCGCUGGACUCAGUGCUCUAAGCGGCCUUGCUCGAGUGCGCCGAGCCUCGGCUAGGGCGUGGAAUCACAGAGCAAGCGAGGUGGUGGUACGUAACCUGUACGGAGGUAUUCAUCAUGUGUCAACCUGUCAGUGGAUGUGGAAGGAAAAAUGAGCGAGAAUCUGGGCUCGGCACUGGUUUGAAUAAGGUACGCCAAGGAAGUCCCACAACACUAAAACUCCACAAAUGGGCUGCGUCGCGAGUCGCGACUGCCGAAGCUGCUAAAGCGAUAAGCGACAGCUACGGUAGGCUCACUAACAACCGUUACCUUGGGGCGAUGAUACAUGCUACGUAGGUAGCUAUUGGCGGCGACAUGACGCAUACCUACCUUAACCACGAAUACCGUAUGAACCAUAUAAUACACAUGGAUUCCAUAGCAUAGAGACGUUAGGAAGCAGGUGCGCCAUGGAUGACGAGAAACGACGAGGGCCGGGCAAUGGAUGUUAGCAGCGAGCGGAGUUGAGCUCUACACGUGUAGCAUUCCGGACGCCCAAAGCCACCAUUUGACGCAUAACCUCGGUGUAUUG